AAUCAGCACUUGAUUAUGAACCCUUUACACAAGAUAAGUCAGCAGAAGACCUUAAUUAAGAUUCGAGAGAAGGCGAAUAAUACUUCCUUUGGACAGAAAGGAUACUUGACUAUCAAAGAAGAAAUUAAGAAGCAACGGGAGAAAAAUAAUUCCAGGUUUGGAAGAAGUCAAUGGGCUGAUAAGAUUAGAGAAAAUGGAAAUCUUAGGAAAAUGUUGCAUGUGAACAGCUUUCAAAGCAAACUGGAGAGAAGAGGAUCUCAAUCUGUAGCUCACAAAAAGAUAGGUGAAACAUUAGGAUCUCUUAAAAAGGUCACAAUGGCUUCAUUGAAGUAUCCUAGCUCGGUUACCCCAAGCAAAAGAGUCUAAGUAACAGGAAAGAUCCUUGUACUGGGCAAGAUUAUAAGCUGAGCC